AUGGGUAAAGUGUUUGAGAAGAUGGUGGUGAACAGGCUAAAGUUUUACUUGCUGCCCCAAAUGAGUGAUCGCCAAUACGGGUUCAUGCCACAGCGCAGCACCGAGGACUCCCUUUAUGCCCUAAUGAAAUACAUACGAAAGAAAUUAGACUCUAAAAAGAUCGUAACACUAAUAUCACUGGACAUAGAGGGGGCCUUCGAUGGUGCUUGGUGGCCGGCUAUCAGGUCCCGGUUGGCGGAAGAGAAUUGCCCAGUUGAACUGAGACGCGUAAUCGAUAGCUACCUCACAGACCGAAGAGUAACAGUUAGAUACGCGGGAGAGCAAUACAGUCUGGACACCACCAAGGGAUGCGUACAGGGAUCGAUAGCGGGCCCCAUUCUGUGGAACUUGCUCUUGGACCCACUACUUAAAAGUUACGGGCAAAGGGGCGACUACUGCCAGGCAUUCGCAGACGAUGUCGUACUUGUCGUUGAUGGGAAUACCGCUCUGGAAAUUGAAACGCGCGCAAACGCUGCUCUCGACCAUGCUCGGGAGUGGGGUGUCAGUAAUAAGCUUCGAUUCGCACCGCAUAAAACUAAUGCAAUGGUAAUUACACGGAGGCUCAAGUAUGACACCCCUCGACUGAGUAUGGGCGGAACCAGCAUCGCCAUGGUAAAAGAGAUGAAAUUACUUGGUGUAACCAUCGACGACAAGCUGACUUUUAACAGCCAUGUUUCGAAUGUCUGCAGGAAAGCGAUAGCAGUCUAUAAACAGCUAUCUAGGGCUGCCAAGACAGACUGGGGGCUCCAUCCUGAAGUCGUAAAAAUAAUAUAUGUGGCAACCGUAGAGCCCAUCAUACUGUAUGCCGCUAGUGUUUGGGCGCAUGCUGCAAACAAAUUGGGUGUCCAAAAGCAGUUGGCAGUGGUGCAACGCGGAAUGGCGCAGAAGAUAUGCAAGGCAUACCGCACCGUGUCCCUCAACUCGGCGCUGGUUCUGGCGGGUAUGCUCCCUCUUGACCUCCGAGUCCGAGAGGCGGCUUCGUUGUACGAAGCCAAGAAGGGAGAGUCUCUGCCUGCCCUGUGGCCUGGAGAUAGAGAGGUGGAACAAAUGGCAUCCGCAACUGAAAUGCCUCAUCCUGCGGAUCGCGAAGAAUUGAGGGUGGUUCGCCUGGUGAACCAAGACGAUGUGAACUCGAACAGUGAGUUCGAUGUGCGAAUAUUUACCGAUGGCAGCAGGCUUGAGGGCGGGGUUGGAGCCUCACUUUCUAUUUGGAAGGGAGAAACCGAAACCAAAGCCCACAAGCUUGCUCUAUCGAGAUACUGUACGGUUUACCAGGCGGAGCUCCUUGCCCUGUGCAGGGCCACUAGGGAAGCAAAGAAGUAUGCCGAGAAAUCGUAUGGAGUCUACAGCGACUCUAUGGCAGCCCUUCAAACAAUACAAAACCACAGUUGCCUUCACCCCCUCGCUGUAGAGGCCAGAGAGAAUUUAAAAGCUAUGUCUCUCCAGGGUAAGGUAGUCACCCUACACUGGAUUAAAGCUCACGCAGGGUUAGAAGGCAACGAGCGGGCAGACGAGUUGGCGAAAGGAGCAGCAGUAGGCUCCAAACGAAAGCCGGACUAUGACCAAUGCCCGGUUUCAUUCGUCAAGCGUAGCAUUCGCAUGUCGACGCUUGACGAAUGGAAUCGGAGGUAUAAGUCUGGCGAAACGGCUUCCAUCACGAAGUUAUUCUUCCCAGAUGCAGUGGCGGCUUAUAGGGUGACAAGGAAAUCAGAGCCAAACAACCUAAAGACGCAGUUGAUGACGGGACACGGUGGAUUCUCUGAGUAUUUAAACCGCUUCAAGUGCAAGGAGAGUCCAUCGUGCGUCUGUGACAACAAUACGCAAGAAACGGUGCCACAUAUAAUAUUUGAGUGUCCAGUUCAUGAUAGUGAGCGCUUUGAUAUGGAGCAAAAAAUUAAAAUUAGUAUAACUGCCGACAAACUACACAACAUAAUGGCUAGUGCGGAAAUGGACCAAUUUAUAGAGUUCUGCUUAAAAAUUGUGAGAAGAGUCGUAAAAAGAAAUAAAACUAGAUAG